AGCCACCCAUUAACAACUGAAGCAUCUAACAGAAGUGAAAAGAUUGGCCAGUACCACUUUGUAAGCCUCAUUCGCGUUCUGCAUACUGCAACAAGUUCAUCUAAUUUAUCCACCCCACCCAUUCCUUUAUUAUAGCUUGGUGCCAUUUCGGGCUGCUCUAUGGCUAUAAGACCUACUUUCUUUGCACCACCAUGUACUGGAUACAGCUUUUCUUUGAAAGUUUGUAGCCCUGGUAACCACUCUAUCUUUUCAUUGAACAAGUAAUACUUCAUCACUUCCCAUAAACCGGUACAUCUGCAUGAUUUAUUCCAAAACCUCGUAUAGGGGAAAGGACAUUUUUCUGUUCGAUUUAGGCGUGUUGCACAUAUUUUCUUCUCCUUCAGAUAACAAAGUAAACCAACACUGGUAAAAUAAUUAUCAAAAUAGAUAUUAUACCUUUCAUUUUCUCCAAUUUCAUCUUUAUUUAUUAGGUCUAAAACGACAUUUCCUCCAAAUCCAAAGUUAUUUUCAUCUCUUUUAGUACCUUUUCUUGUAUAUACAUCAAAGCAUACCGGAUGUAAUUAGGUAGUAAAAAAUCGGGUGAAAAAAGUUAGGUUAUGUUGAACUUUCGAUGAUCUUUUUUCGAAAUUGACGCGCUUUUUAGUUCGUUUUUUUUACACGUAACGAAUAUGACGUGGCAAUCAGUAGCCAUGUAGUUUUGAGUUGGUUUAAAAUUAAUUCGAAAUAAUUUUCUGUCUUUAACUGAUGAACUAUUGAAUAACUUCCAAUUUUGAAUAAUCGUUCCGAAACUAAUUGGUGAAUAGCUUGAGCAAGUUCAAUUUAUUCUUCUAGUAUAAUGAGUGGUGAAAAUUACAACUAAAAAAUGGGUGGCAAAAAAAAUAAGCAGAAAAAACGUGCAGCAGCGAAUCAAGCGGCGAAUCAACCGGGAAAUGUUCGGCCCGGAACAUCUAGUCGUCCUACGCAAUCACGUUCAGAAGCUAGAUUACAAGUUCCAUUUUUCCCCAUACGGCCAGCACGACCAGUUCAAUUUCCAUUGCGCAAUCAACGAUUUAUGCAAAGUGUUCCGCGGCUAGUCUUUCCGCAACGUGCCCAACAGCCGCUUAUACAAUUACAACGUCCGUAUCAACAAACUGUGAUGGUACAACGACCACAAUUCGUUUUACAACCAAGACCACAACCGCCAUUUGGUAGUCAUCCAAGCCAUAAUUUUACCUUUCUGCCGAAUCCUUAUAAGUAAUUAAGUAUAAGUUAGUCUCGUUAUUCCCGAAUUAUAAUUUUUUUUAGUCCUAUAUCAUCAGUAUUAUCCGGAAUGCGUACGAUCAGAUACUCAGGUAACGGGCCCGGCAUUACGUCAAGAACAAGCUCAACGUCUACUUCGCGAAUUUGAAUGGCAACCAGCUUUGCAAAGUACCUCAAUGGCUGUUAGGACGGUAUAAGACAAAUUAUCUAAAUGUAAUAUUCGUGAAAUAACGAAUGAGGGGGAAGAGCUGCAAGUACAACCGUUCGAAGAGCGACUGCCAGCUUAUUUAAGACAUUUGUUAGAUGUUCUUAUAUAUCCUUCACUUGUAGACAAAGACCAAUUUUCAAAUCUUAAUCUCACAGGUUUACCUUUCAUGUAUUGCUUCGCGUAAUGUUUGCCGUAAUGUCUUUUAUCUAUGGAUACGUUUUCUUCCAAUCUACCAUGUUUUUAUAAGUUUUCAUUAAGUUUUUCAAUAAAUGGUCUUAGUUGUGUACAAACUACCUUCAUAAUUAUUGUGAAUGUUUAUCGUUGAAGUGCAUGUUUCGUAGAAUUGUUUCAAAUCUAUUUAGUCGCAUACUAUCUUGUAAAAUUUUUGGCACAUCACCUUGGCUUUUCCACACCAUUCGUUUGUUCGGGUAAUUGACAUAUCCAGCUACUAACAUACCGCUUAACACUACAUACAAUUCAUCAAUGGUUAUAUGGACAUUAUUGUUUUGGACAUUAUUGCAAGAACAUAAUGGAGUAGUAUCUUCACUCCAAUUGCUCUUCAUUUGUCGCUUUUAAUAAAACCUUAUCGUCAAAU